UCUUACUUUUUAUUUUUAUUUUGUUGAACCCCUCCGCCGCUCGAUAACGUUUGACGAUAAAAACAUAAUAUUUUCGAACGAUUGUUCAUCAACAUAAAAGUUUUAGCUGAUUCAAUCAAAUCAACGACUUCAUCUUCUUCAUCAAUCAUCUCCUAAUCACAGACAAUAACAAAAUGCCCCCUGCGUUAAUCAACGCAAACCCAGUUGUAUACGAGAAGAAAGAACGCCCGGCUAGAAGCAGACCCGGUGAUGCCGGUUUUGAUGAAUAUUCAACUGAACUUAUUGAUCAAUUAGAAGUUUUUGACCAUAUAAGAGAUAUUAAAGAUCCGGAGCAUCCGUAUUCGCUAGAAGAGCUUAAGGUGAUCACGGAAGAUGCUGUUGAGGUAGAUGACAAGCGCAGUUAUGUUCGUGUCACUUUCACUCCAACGGUUGAGCAUUGUAGUAUGGCGACUAUAAUUGGGCUUUGUUUGCGGGUUAAACUUAUGCGCAGCCUGCCUUCUCGUUUCAAGGUUGACAUAAAGGUGGCUCCUGGGACUCAUGCAACCGAAGAUGCAGUGAACAAGCAAUUGAAUGAUAAAGAACGUGUUGCCGCAGCUUUAGAGAACCCGAAUCUCGUUGAUAUGGUUGAUGAAUGUUUAACACCAUCUUAUGAAUGAAUGUUACAUCUAAUGCAAGAACCAAUCACUUGAGAAUCUCAUUUGAGCGAGUAUUUGUACGCCUGCAGUUUUCUUUUAGCAACAAUUUGUUUUUUAUAUCUAUAUAAUUGUAUUCUUAGUGAUUUUUAUUUGAUGUACUAUAUAAAAGUUGCUAUUCUUUUUUGUU